AUGAAGUGGUUCUUCGGAAAAUCUGACUUUGUGAUGAUUGAGACGAAUCAAGAGCUCGACACGAGUUAUAUCCAUGUAUGGCCACGGACCAAAUUGCGUUACCCCGCGGCUCGUUUAUCCGGAAGGCGUGGCCUGACAAGAAGACGUGCUCAUGCCGUCACCAUCAUGUACGUCGCCCACAUCUCCUUUUUUCUUAGGGCUUGAUUCGGAGUAGUAGAACAUUUCAUCUUACUUCUAUUUGAGUGUGUCGUAGUAGUCGGAUAAUCGAAAGCUUCUGGGAAAGUAACUUUUGAAACUUUCAAGGUUAGGGUCAAGAUCAAUCCAACCAAUGUCUCGGACACAUAUAUACCUUUGGCAAUUUAGAAGGUUUUCGAAAAGUUCAGAAAUUUCCAUUCUCUAACCAAAAAAAAGUUCUAUACUACCGCAUUACGAUCGACCUCCUCAAAAUGAAAAAGAUUGCUGAUUUUAUCUUACAAAACUAUCCUCGGGAUCGGAUAAUUAAAAUUUCGGUGCAAAAAAUUGAAAUAGCGGCUUUUAGGUAUAUAAUGGAUAUCUGAGUUUGAUUUAAUUUAUUUUUCACCAAGAUUUCUUAACUUCAAAAAAUUGGAAAACAUUUGAUUGAACUAAAGAAAGUUUUUUUUUCGAUAUACUCCGUUGGGAUUUUUGAAAUAGCGUAAAAAUAUUUCAUCAAGGUCUUGAGGCAAAAAGCUGUUUUUUUGUGUUUUUAGUUCAUUAAAAGACUUACAUUACUUCAAACGCAUCGAAAAAGUUUUAUAAUUGGACUAAACCGUUUAGUUAGUCUAAACGGUAUUGAAUAAUCGUCAAGACUCAAUCAGAAACUUCAUCUCAUUUAUAGCUGAUAAAGAUUAUUUUCAAGACAAAUAAGUUGUCUACAAAAUUUUAAUACUUCUCUUCUGUGAGCCUUCUCAUUAUUCGCGUUAACAACUUCCCGUGACUCUUACUAGUUAAUUUACUUUUUGCUCUAAAUGACCAAUAGGAACAAUUAUAAGCAGCUACUCAACCACUCAAUGAACUGGAAAACGCCGCUAUAGUUUGCCCUUUUCAAAGAGUUACUCUUCCUGGUUUUUUGAAACUAAAAAAGAGAAAAACUUAUUUUGUUGUUUGCUGGUAACGAAAUUUCGAUUUGCUUGCUUCACAUCCACCGAAAUCAGAAAUGCACAUUCGAGUUAUGAAAAACAUCCUGUUUUUUUUUUUCCUUGAACCUUUCUAUUUCCUUCGCCGGGUCAAAAAAUUUCGAUUUUCUUUUUUUGAUGAUUUUCAAGGGGCAAGUGGAAAAUAAGGUUUACAUUCGAUCCACCGUUACCUUGAGACAGACUGAAAUUUCGAAGAGUCGUCAUUUUUGUUCUCUGUUUUGCUAACCAUGUAAAGAACCUCUUUAAAUAUUCUCUCAAGGCAGAGGCGAAUGAACUAAUUGAAUGAUGUUGCUUUUCCAAGUACAAAUCUUUGUGCAAGUUUUAGUAGACCUUUUAAAUCGGAAUGAAACUUUCUGUAAAAUGAUACUUUCUCUAGAAAAUAAUUUUUAUGGAGAACUUUUCUUCAAGUCAAGUUUAUACAUGAGUCUAUGAGUUAUUUUAAAAGUUUUCAUUCAAUUUCCACUUUUGCGGAUUUGUUAUUUAUCUAUUAACACAAAAGCGAGACAGCACGGUAGCAGGAGAGACGUUAGAAAUUAGAAAAACAUGCGUCUCUUCAGCUCCUACACUCACUCUGUUGCAGAACCUGUUUUUCUCUAUACUAAAGUAACUUGUUUCUGCUCAAUCUCCAUUCGCAACUUUAAUAUUAAUCAAUUGACACAGUUUCCUCAAAACUUGGAAUUUCUGAGAAGCUAGAGAGCAGAAGAAAUUAGCUGGAUGAGGCCGACAUUCGAGAAGGGAGUUCUUCUCGAUUUCGACCUUCGAAGUGACUCGCACGAUUGCAUUACCUUUGCUUGAGGAGCGCAUUUUGCCCUUCAAUUCGCUUUUGACUUGGUUGCUUUUUCAGCAUUUUCCUUUUUACUCGUUCUCCAUUGUCAGGAUUGCCUAAUUCCCGAUUCAAAAACUUCAUUUCUGAACUGCUCGGCUUUUUCAGCUUCAUUCAAUCUAUUUGUGGACUUUUCAGAGCUGUUUUAGUCAGGGGUAAACAAUUUUACGUUGAGUCAUCAUAGCUAGUGGUGGAUCUUAUAGAAUCAAAAUUUUUGAAAUUAAUCUGAAACCCUCCCACUGGUGAAUUUCCAAUUUGAAACCUAAUCGAUACGUGAUUUCAUUUUCUACAAAUAGGAAUAAAAACUCAAAGUUUCAGUUUUUUGAUUAUUAUGGAAGUUUAUUAUUGUCAAAGUUCUGUUUACUUUUGAAAAAGCAGGCUUUUCGCUGUAAAACCCUUUUUAGGCUUACAAAUUCUUCUCUGUAUUUAGUGUUAUUAUUAUCAAAAGUCUGUAUGACUAUUUUUUGAGCUUAUUUUUUGGUUUUUCUAGUAUUCCCCUCAAUUCCAAAAAUACUUUUAGAUCUAGCUAAAUCAUCUUUUUUUUUCUCUUUUUUUCUGAUGAGGGCAGCAAAUUUUUGCUCUUUAAUCGGAAAUGAGCUGCCUUUGAGCUGAGGCUAGACAAUCGAAAAUUUUUUUCCGAGUAACUCUGUUCCUCAUGCCUCGGCUUCACUUCAGGAAUGCACAAAAAUUAAUUUUUCUGUUCCCACCCCCGACCGUUUUCCAAUUUCCUUUCGAGCGGCUUCACUCAUUUCUGCUCCAAUCUCGCGCGCCUUUCUAGAUUCAUUUUCUAGUAGAGUUUCAAAAAAAACCUUCUCCGGUGAGUUUUUUUUCUGUGAAUUUCAAAUUAAUAUGCGCGGAUUCUGAGUUUGUAAUCUCUGCGCUCGAGUUCUGUGUGCAAAUAUUCAUAAGUUUUCUCGCCCACGACAAAUUGCAAGCUUAUUCCUCAGAUUCUGGCCACAAAGGAUGACGUCAACCCCUUCGGCGCUCGUCGCCCUCGUCGAAAAUGCGACGUCUCCGCCGAUGACGUCCAGCGAGGAGGAGAACAUGUCAAGAGCCACCCUCAAAUUGACCCUCGCCAUUUCUUAUCUCGUCCUUUUCAUUGUCGGAACCGUUGGAAAUGGGUAAGAACUCAAAAAAUUGAUCUUUUCAUACUUUUUUCUCUACUUGGAAAUCUGGCCGUAUAUGAAGUGGCUCAAUGCGUUGUGGUUGCGGUGCGGUUUGAGUUACCAGUCCGAAGCUCAAAAUUGACUUUGAACCGAUCCUUAGAGUUUCAAUAUCGACGAAAGUUCUUUUUUGUUCUUUUUUGGUCUGGCGCAGUUCCCCAAAAAAAAAAAAUCUUCGAAGCGUUUAGUCAUUCUCUAUGCGACCAGUUCUUUUUGUUUUGGGAUUUUAAUACGAAAAAGAAGUUUUUUAGAAUCGUGAUCGUUAUGAUUUUGAACGUGUUGACGUCGAUGAGAAGGAGUUCAAUGGGAAAGCGAAAAGUUCUCUCAAACACGAGUCACGUCUUCAUUUACGUUCUUGGUUUGGGCUUUCAAUAUUUUUACGAGUUGAGAAGCCUUUUUUAACGUGGAAAGACUUGCAAUUUAGAUUCGAAGACGGAAAAUCCACUUAAACUAUAGAUAUUUCCAUUAGAUGUUGAAAAAAAAAAAUCUCUGAAAAGCCAUAUUUUGUCUGACCGAUUCUUUUUUUCACUUGGGUUCUGUUGAAGAGUUUUCCGUAUUCAAAUGAAAAUAUUUUCUUCUAGGGCUUCACUGUAGUCUUUCUUCCAAUAUAGUGAUAUAUAGACUAAAACUUUGAAAGUUCGCAAUGCUUCAUUGAAUAACUAAAAUAUGACGUUACAGGGCUGUCAAUAGUCGACCUGCUUGUCCUUCUUCACCUUCCUUUUCUGGUUGUUGACCUUUUAAAAGGUAGGAAUCCAAUGAUUCCAUUUAAAGUCAGGGAUGAUUUCAGGAGAAUGGCUUUUUGGUACAACAAUGUGCAAAGUUUACUGGUUUGGGGAAAGUGUCAACAAGCUUUUGAGCUCAUUUCUGAUGACUGUUCUCAGUUGGGAUCGUUACCUGGCUGUCUGUAGUCCGGUCAAGUCUAUUCGGUCAGUUAAAAGGAAUCUUAUUUGGAAAUCCCAGUUUAAUUUUCUUUUUCAAAUAACUUUUACAAAAUGUAGAUGAGCUGUAUACAGGAAAAAAAAAUACAGGCCGGUCAAGUUAGAAUGAUAGUUUGAAGGUGUUGUUAGAUACUUUAGAUCUCCAGAAUGGUACUUAUAGGGGCAGUUUUAGGGGCAAUUGAAGGUUUCCCUCUAAGAAAGUUUACAAACUUUUCAUUUAAAUUUUCAAAUCGGAACGAAAUUGAAAAAUAUCCCUAGAGGGACCAGUUAAGUUUUACCCCUACAGGGUUACUUUUGAAUCCCCCAUAUGGGCUGUUCUUACCCCUAACCCCUAUAGGGACCACACUAGCGUUCCUGAGUAAUACGAAGUUUACGGCUCAUGUCUCUUCAAUCUCUAGAAGGUCAAUCUUAGAAUGAGAAGCAAUCGAAUGGCGGGAAAGGUUUUGUUGGCCUGCACACUACUUGCCACAGUUCUACUGCUGCCAGUUUUAAUCGAAGCGAGGGUCUUUAAAAUCGACAAAAUCCGAAUGAUUCCACUGAUGGAAGACUCUCCAGAGCUGCAAGAGUCAGGUUCGUCCUCGAAAUUUGUAUAAAAAUGCCCGUCUUCCUGUUUAAGACUAUCUUAACUGAUAUUCCAGUUUACAUUAAUUUUUUUAAAAAAAGUGUACUAAUUUUUUUAAAUUCACACUUUUUGAGCAGAAAAAAAUGUAUAAAAAUAAUUUUAUCUAGGUUUUUUUCUUUCAAAAACAGGUAUAGCAAAAGCUGUUCAGUCAAAACUCAACUAUCAAAUAUACAUUCUCCCUGACUUUCCGGUUUCAGACCGCUUGGGCUCGACCAUGUCCAAGUGCAUGUUUGACGCAGACACCACGUUCACUCUCUACACUUUCCUGAUUGGAUUCGCACUUCCGGCCUUUUUCAUAACGAUGUUUUACACGCGG